AUGCUUCAACGAUAUGUCUUUGCCACAUUCAAACCCAUUUCGCAAGACGGUGUCACCCAAUCCGAGGUCGUUGCCCAGUUGUCACGCCGGUAUCUGUGGGUGUAUGGGCUCGCCAUGGGUUCGGAUUGGUUACAAGGACCUUACAUCUACUCCGUCUACAAGGAGCAACACGACCUUCCGGAACGAUUGGUCGCCCUCUUGUUCGUCCUCGGUUUCCUGACCGCAGGAAUAUCUGCUCCUGCUGUUGGUGUCUGGGCAGAUCAAUACGGGAGGAAGAGAAUGUGCAUGGUAUUCUGCGUCACCUAUGCCAUCGCUUGCGGAAUCAUCCAGAUUACCAGUCUGCCACUACUCUUUGUGGGGCGUUUCCUCGGUGGAUUCUCUACCGCAAUCCUCUUCUCCUGCUUCGAAUCCUGGCUAGUAUCCUCGGCAAAUACACUCUCCAUCUCAUCGCACGACUUAUCGACCAUAUUUGGGCACGCAACGCUUGUCAAUAGCAUAGCCGCGACCGUGGCCGGUAUCGCAAGCAACAAAUUGGUGGAGUACAGUGCUCUUCUUAGUAGCCCCUUCCUGGCGAGCGGGGCUCUGCUGCUUUUGACUCUAGUCGUUAUAUCUAUCACCUGGCAGGAGAACUAUGGAGGAACCGGAGUGUCUGCGGGGAGCAUUCUCAAUAUACAACACCUCUCGCAGGCUUGGGCAGUCGCUUGCGCUGAUAAACGACUAUUCGUGCUCGGGUUCAUCCAGAUGUGCUUCGAGGGGUCCAUGUAUCUCUUCGUGUUUCUCUGGGUACCUUUCCUCCAAGAGGCCGCUUCGCCGAACCACGCCCUUCCGCUCGGGUACAUCUUUUCCUCCUUCAUGCUUUCGAUGACCUUCGGUGCUCUCCUAUACGGCGCCGUUGUCUCGCUGAACGAGCCAAGCCCGAUGGCCGACGUGUCUUCGUCCAGCCACGAUGACGAGCGCACAGUGGCUUUCCACGCGAAGCUCAGCUCCGCCGUCUGCGCCGUGGGGGCAUUUGCGUUUAUCAUCAGCACUGCGACAAGACACGAACGCUUACGGUUCUGGGCGUUCUGCGCUUACGAGGCGUGUGUGGGGGUGUAUUAUCCGGUGCAGGGCAUGCUGCGCGGGAAGCUCGUACCGGAUGAGCACAGGGCGACGCUGUUCUCGCUCUUCCGAGUGCCUCUGAACGUAUUUGUCGUCGUGUCGCUCAUGACGGGCGUUGCUUCGGCGCGACACUUCGUCCUCUCCGCCUGUUCCCUUCUCCUCCUUCUCUCGGCACUCGUCACUGCCUUCGUGUUCCUCGGUAGCACUCGAGGUCCCGCGCUGGCGAGCCUGCGGGUGGAAUGA